AUGUACUUCUCCGCCGCCGUCCGCACCGCCCUCCUGGCCCUCCUGGCCGCCUCCCAGGUCGCCGCCGCGCCUUUAGCCACCGACAACGGCCCGGCUAAGACGGCCGGCGGCCGCAAGCUCCUGCACGGGCCGAACCGGCACUACCGGUGGCUGACCUCACCCACGCUCGCCGCCGAAGGCGACCGGCCCGUCUACUUCCCCGGCUUCACCCACUCCAUCUACACGCCUGUCGUGUCCGAGACACAGGCCUUGUGGGGCGUGGCAUUUUUGCUGGGCCUGCUGGACCUGCCCUCGAAGCUGGACAUGGAAACCGACGUGGCGACGUGGAACGUUUGGACGCGGAAGCGAUACGUUGUCCAGGGCCUUAAGAACGCAUACGGCAUCUACGACUUCAUAUCAUACGUCAAUGUUUUGCUCAACGACCUCGGCAUCACGGUCCAUCAGAGGCAAAGGAGCUGGUUCGACAAGUUGUUUGCCCCGACCUACCCGACGCAAUAUACUGGCAUGCAAGACCAGUUCCGCGAGCUUGUCGCCGCGAAGCAAAUGAGAGCAAAGCUGGGCAAGGCUAGAAACUAG